ACGCCGCGCGGCUUGGGUGCUGCUGCGCGUGCGCGGGCGGCCCUGAGCCUGGCUCUUCGUGGUGGUGGCUUCCUCCGCCGAGGCCGGCCUUAGAUUUGGGGCUCGCGCUCUCUUCGUUCGCUUGCCGGCGGGUUCGCUCCCCUUCUCGCGCCCCGGGACGGCGAGGCUGGGGAAGGGGUUGAAAGGGGCUGUUGAUCGCCUCCUUUAACUUGUGCGUGGGGCGGCCAUGUCGGCCGGCGAGGUGGAGCGCCUGGUGGAGCUGAGCAGCGGGACCGGAGGGGAUGAGGAGGAAGAGUGGCUGUAUGGCGGCCCCUGGGACGUGCAUGUGCACAGUGAUUUGACAAAGGAUCUAGAUGAAAAUGAAGUUGAAAGGCCAGAAGAAGAAAAUGCCAGUGCUAAUCCUCCAGCUGGAAUUGAAGAGGAAGCUGCUGAAAAUGGCGUGUCAAAACCGAAAGUGACUGAGACAGAAGAUGAUAGUGACAGUGACAGUGACGAUGAUGAGGAUGAUGUUCAUGUCACUAUAGGAGACAUUAAAACUGGAGCACCACAGUAUGGGAGUUAUGGAACAGCGCCAGUAAAUCUUAAUAUCAAGGCAGGGGGAAGAGUGUAUGGAAAUACAGGAACCAAAGUCAAAGGGGUAGACCUUGAUGCACCUGGCAGCAUUAAUGGAGUGCCACUCUUAGAAGUAGAUUUGGAUUCUUUUGAAGAUAAACCAUGGCGGAAACCUGGUGCUGAUCUUUCUGAUUAUUUUAAUUACGGCUUUAAUGAAGAUACUUGGAAAGCUUACUGUGAGAAACAAAAGAGGAUCCGAAUGGGACUUGAAGUUAUACCAGUUACUUCAGCAGCAAAUAAGAUCACGGCCGAAGACUGUACUGUGGAAGUCACACCAGGUGCAGAGAGCCAAGAUGACAGAGUCAAUCUUUUUAAGGUACAGCAAGGGAGAACUGGAAAUUCAGAGAAAGAAGCAGCACUUCCAUCUACAAAAGCUGAGUUUACUUCUCCGCCAUCAUUGUUCAAGACGGGCCUGCCACCAAGCAGAAACAGCACCUCUUCUCAGUCUCAGACAAGUACUGCCUCCAGAAAAGCCAGUUCAAGCGUUGGGAAGUGGCAGGAUCGAUAUGGGAGGGCCGAGUCACCUGAUCUAAGGAGAUUGCCUGGUGCAAUUGAUGUCAUUGGUCAAACAAUAACCAUCAGCCGAGUAGAAGGAAGACGGCGGGCAAACGAAAACAGCAAUAUACAGGUCCUUUCUGACAGAUCUGCUACUGAAGUGGACAACAAUUUCAGCAAACCACCUCCAUUUUUCCCGCCAGGGGCUCCUCCUACUCACCUUCCACCGCCUCCAUUUCUUCCACCUCCUCCAACUGUCAGCACGGCUCCUCCUCUGAUCCCACCUCCAGGUAUUCCAAUAACUGUACCACCUCCAGGUUUCCCUCCUCCACCAGGUGCUCCACCUCCAUCUCUUAUACCAACAAUAGAAAGUGGUCAUUCCUCUGGUUAUGACAGCCGUUCUGCACGGGCGUUUCCAUACGGCAAUGUUGCCUUCCCCCAUCUUACCAGUUCCGCUCCCUCAUGGCCUAGCCUUGUGGACACCACCAAGCAGUGGGACUAUUAUGCACGAAGAGAGAAAGACCGAGAUCGAGACCGAGAGAGAGACAGAGACCGAGAGAGAGACAGAGACCGGGACAGAGAAAGAGAGCGCACCCGAGAGAGGGAGCGAGAGCGGGAUCACAGCCCCACCCCUAGUGUUUUCAACAGUGAUGAGGAGCGGUACAGAUACAGGGAGUAUGCAGAAAGAGGCUAUGAGCGCCAUAGAGCUAGUCGGGAAAAAGAAGAGCGACACAGAGAGCGACGUCACAGAGAGAAAGAGGAAACCAGACACAAGUCCUCUCGCAGUAACAGUAGACGUCGCCAUGAAAGUGAAGAAGGGGACAGUCACAGGAGACACAAGCACAAAAAAUCUAAAAGAAGCAAAGAAGGAAAAGAGGCUGGCAGUGAGCCCGUCCCUGAACAGGAGAGUGCUGAAGCUGCCCCUGCUGAGUAGGCUCCACCUUUUGUGUUUGUCAGUCCCAGAAAUAGAUGCUAUAAAUUUCCUUAUUUUUCUGGAUAAUGUUUAAGAAAUAUACCUUUAAUCUUGUUCUGUUAGAAUGAAACGUUAAUUUUUUCUUUUCCAAAAUAAAAAUGUGCAUUUUUGUGUUAAGUUAAAAAUCUUUGUCUUGUAAUAUUUAAAGAAUAAAAGACAGAAAUGACUUUAUAUCCAAGGAAGUCAUGUGAAUGAGUCAGCAGGGGAUUUAGAGCUAAGGUUGGCUGUGUGUACGCAGUAUGUAGGUCAAGGAACCGCCUUGACUAGCUUUCUAGUUACUGGCAUACUGUUGCAGAAGAGGUGCUGCAAAAACCGCUCUUCAUCUUACUACUCCUGCAUCUCAAGAACUUGGGUGCAUUCUUCAUAUCAGUUUUUGAAAGCAGGUUUUCGGUCUUUUAAAAUUUGGGUCCUUGGUAACUAAAUGGGCCAUUUUAUAGCUAAAGUCAUAGAUGGUAGGAGGCAUUUGGGUGGCCCGUGUGAUGUAACUUGUGUACUUUCCAACAGGCACAUGUAGAGACGGUUGUGACCAGCACAGCACUGGACCACUUCAUGGCCAUCUGUUUGAGCCAGCGUCAAGGUGGUUUGGCUGCUGUCGACAUGUUUUCCAGGGUUCUUGGUAGAGUAGCAUGUAGGGUGUUUUUUAUACCAUUACCGUGUUAAUACUAAAAAUAAGCUCAAUGACAGUAGUGUUAGGUCAGUUAUUUCUUAGUAAAACCAAAAAUCCAAGCUUAAAAUACGGACUUAGCCCAGGAGGGAAUGCAGAACAGCAGUGGUGGUGGCUAGGGCUUGGUGUGUGGAAGAAUAACUUAGAGCCACAGGGAGGAGGACAGCUCUCAUUUAGAAAAGAUUUAUUUCUCAUUUCAAAUUCUCUGCCAUUAAAUUUAAAUGCCUGCAAU